AUUAUAUUGUUUUGGGGCUGGGACUCCUUAUCUCUAUUAUCUAUUCUUCAUGGACACAGGAUUCAAAGGAAGAACCUAACUAAUAAUUAUCAGUAUAAUAAACUUAUAUUUGUUUACUUACUUGUUGACAUUUGUCAAUAAAAACAUGUCAAGAACAGGUACUCGUUUGGAUACUAAAAAAUUGAAUUCAGAGCUAUUUACAUUGACGUAUGGUGCUCUCGUAGCACAAUUGUUAAAGGACUACGAAAAUGUAGAAGAUGUCAACAAGCAACUAGACAGAAUGGGCUAUAACAUGGGAAUUAGGUUGAUAGAAGACUUCUUAGCUCGCACAGGUUCUGGUCGGUGUUACGAUUUUCGGGAUACAGCAGAGAAGAUUCAAACUGCUUUCAAAAUAUACCUUGGCAUCACACCAACUAUUACAAACUGGAGUGCCGCUGGAGAUGAGUUUUCUUUAUGCUUUGAAUCCAAUCCACUAACAGAAUUCGUAGAACUCCCUGAUAAUUGUUUACAUUUGAAAUAUUGCAAUAUUCUAACUGGCGUGUUACGUGGUGCUUGUGAAAUGGUGCAGAUGGAGAUUGGUGCGUGGUUCGUACAAGAUCAACUAAAGAACGACAUUGUGACCGAAAUGCGAGUGAAAUUUAUUAAGAGACUAGAAGACGCUAUUCCAGCCGGAGAAGAUUAGACCUAUAGUGUGCUCAGAAUUAUAAUUUUUAAAACUUUGUUUUGAUCUAGAAUAUUGUGAUACUUACACACUCAACAAACUCAUUAUGAUACAUAAUGUACGUAUUUUUAGAGCCUCUGAUUGGCUGAUCAAUUGAAUCUGUAUGCGACUUUGAUCCAGGAAAAUUACAAUAUGUAUGUAAUAUAACAUAAAACUCGAUUU